AUGGCUACUGACCUUAUGAUGUCGGAAAUACUUGGUACCAAUUCGUCCUGCAGUACCAUUUCUGCCUUGCCCGAGCUGAGGCGCUCAGAUCAUCUGCAUGAAGCCCUACUAGGUGAAUGCUCGAAUUCCAGCAAUUCAACCGGCUCCCACCAGUUUCACCAGACCUCUAUCACCAAAUUUCAGAGGCAUCAGUAUCAGGAUCAACGAGACGCAAAUGCACCAGCAGGACUCGCAAUUGAGCUUGACUCAGUCGAUAUCGCAGCUGGCCAUUUUAAGGCCUGCGAUACAAGCAAAGAAAACGGUCUGUCAAUCAUUACCAGUGGAGCCAAAGACGAAGUUUCGCUUACAUCUACUGUUGACAGACUAGUACCUAAGACAACGGGGCGUCGAGAAUGCCUUCCUGCACCACAGCCAGACACCAGCAAUUUCAGUCUGAUGAAUCUCCUCUGCAACCUUGCAUCUCUUCUUUUUGCCCUUGCAGUCGUCGGUACUCUCACCUACAUCGCUAAUAUCUCAAACUCAAAACAUGAUACUAUUAAUAUCCUUACCGAAGCCACGACCAAUAGUAAGUAUGCUCCGAAUAUUACUACCCUCAACAAAGUCGUCUUUAAUAGUGUUGUAAAGCUCAAUGCCAUAAGAGUUGUAACCAUCUCGAGAAAAGUUGAGGUUUCUAUUAUUCUAGACUGGUCGUUGCUUUGA